AUGCGCGCCUUUGUAGCGGUGGAGGUGUCCGAUCCGGACAUCCGGGACGCCAUCGCUGAGUUCCAGGACGGGUUUCCUGUCCGAGCCAGGGCCAUCGGGCCCGACAGCCUGCACUUUACGCUGAUAUUCUUGGGGGAGAUCUCAGAGUCGCAGAACCGGCAGGUGCAGGACUCGCUGGGCACGAUAGCCUUCGAGCCCUUUGAGAUCAAGCUUGCUGGCGUGGGCGCGUUCCCAAACACACGAUCCCCCAGAAUCAUCUGGAUCGGCACCGACCCCAUAGGGGGCCGCAGACUGACAUCCCUUGCGGGAGCAGUCUGCGACAGGCUGCUGCCCCUGAACUUUCGCAAUGACAGGCCGUUUGUGCCGCAUGUUACCGUCUUCAGGGUCAGGAACCGGGUCGACGUCUCGGAGGAUCUGGCCGGGUACGGCGAUGCCGGGUUUGGGGCCUGCAUAAUAAGCGAGAUAAAGCUCAAGCAGAGCGUGCUGACCCCCCAAGGCCCCCGAUACUCGGAUCUGCAGGUGAUAAGUGCAUGA